AUGAUAUCACAAACCCAAACGAAACAGGGAAACCCAUUAGUGUUUUUGGAUAUAUCAAUCGACGGUGAAAAAGCAGGCAGAGUAGUCAUCGAGCUAAGAAAAGAUAUUGUACCUAAAACUGCAGAGAAUUUUAGAGCAUUAUGCACUGGAGAAAAGGGCAUUGGUACACUGGGAAAGCCAUUGCAUUAUAAAGGAGUUCGAUUUCAUAAAGCUAUUUCCCAGUUCAUGGUUCAAGGAGGUGAUAUAGUAAAUGGUGAUGGUUCAGGUGGUGAGAGCAUUUAUGGACCAACAUUUGAUGAUGAGAACUUUAUACUCAAGCAUGACUGUGGAGUUCUCAGUAUGGCAAAUGCUGGUCGUCCAAACACAAAUGGUUCUCAAUUCUGUGUUACCAGCGUGCCGUGUCCUCAUUUAGAUGGUACUAAUGUGGUGUUUGGAAGGGUAUUAGCUGGUGGGGGGAUACUAGAAGAGAUUCAGAGAACAGCGGAUGAGUGUAGACCUACUGUUGACUGCAUCAUAGAAGACUGCGGGGAGCUGAAAGAGGGUUCCUGGGAUGUUUGCUGCCGAGAUGGUACAGUCGAUCAUAUGCCUGAAUAUCCAGAAGAUUUGCGGACGGAACUGGCUAUAGAAGACCUUCUCACAGGGAUCCUAGACAUAAAAUCCAGUGGAAACGACCACUUCGGAGACGGUCGGCAUAAGGCUGCAGCAAGAAAGUACCGCAAAUGCCUUCGCUACUUGGAGCACGCGAGCGACGUCAUCUGUCAGUUGGAAGAGUCGAGACACAAGUUAUACGAUGUACUGGAGACUUAUCGAACACAAUGCUAUCUGAACCUGGGAGCGUGUUACUCGCGUCUUCACCACUAUGCUGCUUGCAUACAGUGUUGCAGCGAGGUUCUGCUCGUGAAUCCGAAGAACGAAAAGGCGCUGUACCGUCGCGGCCAAGCCAACUUCGCCCUUAAGAACUACGACGCCGCGCUCUCCGAUCUCAAGCUGGCGGAUAAAGUCUCGCCCAACAACAAAGCCGUGCAAAGACUGCUCGAGGAAGUCAAGCGGACAAAUAAAAACUACAACGACCUGCAAAAACGAAGGCUGUCAAAAUUUUUUCGUGACCAAAAGGGAAAAGUCGCGUACGGACAUAACUGA